AAAGACAAAACGCACACAACAUAUUUUCUCAAAAUGGCCGAACUCUAAAGACGUGUAUUUCUACAAUUUCGUUACAAUGGAGCUCAAAUACAAAAACCAAAACAAAGAAAAAACUAGUGGAUUUUUACCUCUGAUUUUGUGCAACGGAAAUUACUGUGGUUUAUCGGAUUUGGACAAAGUAUUACAUUACGAUUCCAGUGUACCUAUCACCUUGGACCGAAGAAUGUGGUUUAGAUUUCUUCACGAUCCUUUUCCUUGUAGUAGUUUAAUUAAGUGCGGAACAAUGUCUGCUUAGAUCAAGAUGCCUUAGCAUCCUCCAUUAGACUUAGCGGGGUGUCAAGUGAAAAGUGUUUUAAAAUGAAUACUUCUGUGUCGGAUUGGCGCAAGCCUAGUCAUUUAAACCACAUUUCAAGGAGUUUCUCCGUCGCUGGUUACUCAACUGACACCCGGACAGAGUUGAAAAGCGAAUCUGCAACUAUGUUUUUUCCCGAAAUGUUUCCCAGGGAAUUGUCAAAAACAGUAAUGUCUGACACCACCGUCGAUAAGGCGGUCAAAAUCCAGAACAGAUCACAACAUACUUGGUUCAUGGGUGUACAGUAUAUGCUCUCGAACAUGUACCACACAAUUUCGAAAAUUAUGGGUCGCACGGAGUCCGAGCAGUACUACGGCGUAGUCAAUAAAGAAACAUCGCCCGGUUUUUGGCAGACAUCCAAUACUGAAAAUAAAAAUAUUGGGGCUCGUGAAUCUUGCUACAAAGACUCCUUAGACAUGAUUGAAGACUGUCAGAAUACAGCCGUGGCUGGUAAGAAUCCAGCCGUGGCCUGUGAGGAGAAACUGAGUGGUAUACGACAACUGUUAAGCUCGAAAUCUGUUCCUAUUACACCAAAACCAAAUAGAUACCGUUCAAGGAGACCUAAAAAAGUGUUUGUUGAAUCUAGUUCAGUGGAAGACAAUUUUGAAGAUGCAUUUGCACCUGAAGACUUUAUAUCUCACCCAAAUCUUCAAUAUUUAACUUGUGUGGUUCCAAAGCAGGUACAACAUUUAGAAUUUUUGGAAAUAGAUGCACCCAAAAUGAAGGUAGAAACUGGUCCAGUUAAAGAGCAUACAGAAAUUGUGAAUGAAUUACAGAAAAAUGACAAAGAAACUGAAUUCUCAAAAAGUGAAAAUAAAUUAAAAAACAAUACAGAUAAUACUGUACAAUCGAAUCCUCUUGCUGAAAUUGAAAAAACUGGUAUUGUAUCAUGUAACAAUAAUGUUAUGAUAAACAAACAAAUUUUCAUAUCAUGUGAAAUGUUGAACCUGGAAACAAUGCUCCAUGAAAGUAAUAAGAAUAAUACUAAUUUAAUGUUAAAUUAUUCAGAUUCUUGUAUAAAAGUACCAUCUGCCGAAUCACUAAAGACACAGCUUGGAAUGCCUACUAUGAAUAUGUCAAAUAAACAUAAAAAUAAAAAUGGGCUGUCUGUAGAAAAACGAAGAUUAAGAUCAAGGCGAGCUACAACAGACCGAAGGUUUUCUGAGGAAUUAAAUUUGAAUGAUGAUGUAUCAAGUGCAGAACAUUCUCCUAGAAUUAAAAUUGAUUGCACACCUCUUAGUGACAGUGUGGAUUACUUUGAUGAGAUCUCUGGACGAUUUUGUUCAAAUUCUGGAGCGGAAAGUGAUGAUUCAUUCCAAGUAGUGUUUUCUGAUAGUCCACAACUAAAAUAUACCUGGAGACCAUCUGAUUGUGAGUCUGAAGAUUCUUUUAUACUUUUUGAAGAUUCUCCAGACAGCUGUUAUACUUCAAUUGAUGUAUUUGGAGAUAAGGCUGAAGAUUCUGAAACUGAGUAUUCUGAUUCUGAGAUGAGUGAUUCAGGCUGUGGUGCCUUAGAUAAGCUAAUAAAAUUAAGACAUUCCAUGUAUACAACUUUUGGUACUACUGAUAACAAUUUAAAUGUUGAUAAUUCUUGGGUGGAUGAAGUGGACUGUUCUGUGAGAAUAUGUGAAGAAAUCUCUAGUCAAAAUGUAGCUGAAGUGUGUGAAGUGAGUGAGGAGAAUAAAUCUACAGGGAUACUUCUCAAUGAACACAAAAAGUUGCUGAGGAAGAAUCAGUCACCUAAGACGGUCAACUUCUCAGAAAAGCCACCCAAAGUCCAUGUUAUGAGGGUUUGGGCUUUCGCAGCUCGCUUAGCUCGCCCAGGUCAUUGGGAGAGGUAUGCAAUUGACCGAGAGAGAUUUAAAAGAAGGAUUGCUGAUGCGGACAUGGCUUUGUCAUGGGUUUUGAAACCCCAACACCGGUCUAGAGUUAUGUUUCAACGGUUUAUGCCGUGGUGGAAUAAACAGAAGAGAUUAGAAGCCGCAGAAAAGAAGCAGAGAGAAGAAGAAGAGAAAAAGAAACGGAAAGAAGAUGAAGAUAAAAAGAAAGAUGAAGAAGAAAUGAAAAGAAAACAAGAAGAAGAGGAAAAGAAACAGAGAGAAGAGGAAGAGGUAAGGAUGCAGAAAGAAGAAAAUGAUACAAGUAAACAGGAUAAUGAUAUAAGAGUGCAAGCGUAUGAGAAAAGUAAAAACAUAGAAUAUCUCGAACCUACAGAAAAUAAUAUCAAUGAAAUUUCUAAUGAAGAUAAGAAAAUAACAGUCCACAACAAAGUGAUCGAGACACACAAACAAAAUAAUGAUAAGCCUGUUACGUGACAUACAUGCAAAUUUAUUAUGGGUGAAAUUGGGGAUAACAUAGCCCUACAGCAGCAAAAUGAUAACGUCAUGACCUUACUUGAUUUAUUAGCAGAUUAUGUUAAUGCUGGACUAAACUAGACUGCUCUAUGAAUAUUCGAUCUGUUCUAGUGACUAGGUAAACAAAUGUUGACUUAAUCUCAGUGUCAUACGCUAUGACUGCAGGAGCUGAGAUGGUAGUGAUAAUGAUUCUUAACAAGAGGACUAGACGGUCGCAAAAUCUCGACUGGUAAAUUAUUAAUAACCUUAAUAAGUCAUCGAUCUGGUAUAAUAAGGAAUCUUAAUUAGGAACCUGUAAGAUAAACAUUACAGAGUAACUCUGUGAACUUAACCUUGAUAAGAAUGACAUACGAAUACGAACAUAGAUAUCCAACGAGAAAUAUGUAGGUAUCGUAACCUCUAUCGAAUGGUUUAAAAAUCGGAGUUCAUCGCUGUAGUCGCUAUACUACCUCUCUCAUUACAUUUGUAACAGUUGUACGAUAAAUUCCAAUGAUACCACAGUUCAUCCAAUGAUAUCUUCCCGUUGGAUACGAGAUAGGCACAAACAAUUACUAUACUUCAUCCAAUUUAAACUCCUAAUACCAUGACAUUAUGGAAAAAAAAAUAUAGUUUUAUUUUAAAUCACUAAUGAAGAACAUUCUUUAUUAUAAAGAGUUAGUCCUAAAGAGCAUACCAAACCAGUGUACAGUUACAGAUUUCAAAAUAAUUAGCAACAUAUGGUUAUAUUAUCCCGUAUUUGCAUAUAUCUGUGCUCGGUAUAAAUAAAAAAAAAUAUAAUUACUUUCAACAUUCUCUUUGUUGUGACGUCACUGCACUUGCUUGUAUUUUAUUUGGACCUAGUAAGUCCCCAUCACCUUAUAUUUUAAUUUCCAGGUAGUGUUUAAAACUUUGUUUAUGAGGUGAAUAGUACGUUAAAUGGCAGUCAAAAUAUUACAAAUUAAAAUUUUAAAGUCAAAAGUCAAGGAAAGAAAAUCGUUUAUUUUCUGAAGACCGCGUAAAGAGUCCUUACUAAGAAUACCCAUGUGAUAAACUUAUGUCAGACCUAUCGUAUAUAUAAAAUAAAAAAAAUAUAGUUGUUUUAUUAUUUAAAUAACAACUGAUGGGAAUUAUGGCAAUAAUUGAAAUGUCGGGAUAUGAUUGCGUUCCUGACAAUAAGAUCACUAAUUUAUAGACUAAUUUAUAUGCGACAAUUUGUAGCAUAUAAGUUAGUCUACUGGUUGUGAUAAGAUGACUAAAAUAAUCUUGGACGUCAACACAAAAAAAUAUAUAAGUACACAUGCAAAUGUUGUAUAAAAAACAGCAUAAAUAGUUGACAAAAAAAGUGCCAGACAUAGUGUUCAUAAAUAUAAAAUUGGUCGUUAGUCGACACAAAAAAGGUAAUUCAAAGGAGGAUGCUAAGUGCCUAAUAGGAGACUGAUAAUAAAAAAAGCAACCAACGUAACUAAAGGGCAUAUGGUGUUAAAAACGAAUUUUUAAUUCGCCUUGAUAAAUUAUAUUAGUAACAUGGUUAUUUAAAGUUUUUAGUUACAAAAAAUAUUGUUUGCAAAGUAAAAUUGUCUUUAUAGUAAAUAUUGAGUGUGCUCUCUUGACGUUAUUCUCAAAAUUUUAUAAUAAAUACUCAUUUCGAGAUAGUUCCCAUUAAUAGUAGCCUACUUAUAGCAGAAGUGGUCAACUUUUGUCUACAUUUCUAUCUAUAAAAGUAUAUAGUUUUAUAAAUAGAAACGUAGUAUGAUUUAUUGUCAUUGCUUAAAUAAAUUUCUCAAUUUCAUUGUUGGCUACCUCUGAUACAGCAUUCUAUCAUAUGCCCUAAAAUAUCCUGUUUGCACUCUACAAUUUGGAGAGGAAGUCAUUUUAGCUCUUGAUAUGUUUGUUUCAUUACAUUAAUGUAACCUUUAUAUGAAUAUUAUCCAAACGUUCUUUUGAGAAAAACAUAACUAAAUAAAAUUUGCGGUUGUAUAAUAAUUGAAAUAACAGUAAAUUGACUGAACUGAAAUAACUUCCAAUCCAAUCUAUUAUAUUUAAAGUAUAUUUUAGUUAAUAAUAAU